UGUCUCCAUCACAUUCCGCCGUCUCCCCUCCCUCAUCUGCCGCUGGGCCAGCCCCCACUGAACACCGGAUUUUGAGCGCGUGCACCCGGUCGGCUUGCUCGAGCAUCCACACUGGGACACAAAUGGAAACUCUUAGGGGAAACCCAGAAAUAAGAAGUCCUGCCGCUGUAAAACAGUUGUAAUAAUAAUGGAGCAACAACAGCGUCGUUUUCUUCCCUGUCCGUCCUUCAUCAUUUAAUCGUUACGUCUUUCCGAAGCGGGCAAAGCACGUCCCGUUGUUAUACUAGUCUAGGCUACGGACCGACUGAUUGUUGUAAUACGGACGGAUUUGUGUACGCAGGAGAUGAUAUAACGCACCCUGAAGACGACGAGAACGGGUAACUGGAGCCGCGCGAAGAGGAAGCAUGAAGUUUGCGGUUGCAGUGUUGUGGCUGUUGUGGUUCUCGGUCGGCGAUGCCACUAUUGAAGCUCCAGAGGAGUUUGUGUCUCUGGCUGAGAUGGAGGAUGCCUUGUUGAGGAACCUGUUUAGAGGGUAUCAGAAAUGGGUCCGACCCGUUCUGCACGCUAACGACACCAUCACAGUACGCUUCGGACUCAAGAUCUCACAGUUGGUGGACGUGGAUGAGAAGAAUCAGCUGAUGACUACUAAUGUCUGGCUAUGGCAGGAGUGGAUAGAUGUGAAGCUCCAGUGGAACCCUGAUGAGUAUGGAGGAAUCACCUCUAUCAGAGUUCCCUCUGAAACAAUAUGGCUGCCAGACAUUGUCCUCUAUGAGAAUCUUCAUGCACCAUUAUCCACCUUCUUUCCCUUCGACAGACAGAACUGCUCCAUGAAGUUUGGCUCGUGGACCUACGACGGCAACAUGGUGGACCUGGUUCUUGUGGACCACUACGUCGACCGUAAGGACUUCUUCGACAACGGUGAAUGGGAGAUCCUCAACGCCACCGGCGCCAAGGGCAGCCGACGGGACGGUAUCUACUGGUACCCCUUCGUUACCUACUCCUUCAUCCUCAAGAGGCUUCCUUUGUUCUACACACUCUUCCUCAUCAUCCCCUGUCUCGGUCUGUCCUUCCUGACCGUGUUGGUGUUCUACCUCCCGUCUGACGAAGGAGAGAAGCUGUCUCUGUCCACGUCGGUCCUGGUGUCUCUCACCGUGUUCCUCCUCGUCAUAGAAGAGAUUAUACCGUCCUCCUCCAAGGUGAUCCCUCUGAUUGGAGAGUACCUCCUCUUCAUCAUGAUCUUCGUCACCUUCUCCAUCAUCGUCACGGUGUUUGUCAUCAACGUCCACCACCGCUCCUCAGCCACCUACCACCCCAUGGCCCCCUGGGUAAAAAACCUCUUCCUCCAGAGGCUACCCAGACUGCUUUGCAUGAGGGGACACACUGACAGGUACCACUACCCAGACAUUGAGCUGCGUAGCCCAGAGCUGAAGCCCCGCGGAGGUCCAGGGAGGAGGGGGGCGUCGGGCCAGGGCCAAGCCCAGCAGAGAGGCCCUGUCGGGGGGAAGGAGGAUGAGAACCAUGCCUGGUUGGCCAUGCUGGAGAAAGCCACCAACUCAGUACGGUACAUCAGCCGUCACAUCAAGAAGGAACACUUUAUCAGAGAGGUGGUGCAGGACUGGAAGUUUGUGGCUCAGGUGUUGGACAGGAUCUUAUUGUGGGUGUUCCUCACUGUCUCCAUACUGGGUACCAUCCUCAUCUUCACUCCAGCCAUCACUUUGUACCUGACCACUCCCCCCUUCAACACAUAGACCCUAUCAGUAGACCCUAACCCCUACACCCUAACCCCUAACUCCUACACCCUACAACACAUAAUCAGUAGACCCUAACCCCUAUAGACAUAAUCAGUAGACCCUAACCCCUAUACCCUACCACCUACACCCUAACUCCUACACCCUACAACACAUAAUCAGUAGACCCUAACCCCUAUAGACAUAAUCAGUAGACCCUAACCCCUAUACCCUACCACCUACACCCUACAACACAUAAUCAGUAGACCCUAACCCCUAUACCCUACCACCCACACCCUACAACACAUAAUCAGUACACCCUAACCCCUAUACCCUACCACCUACACCCUACACCCUAACUCCUACACCCUACAACACAUAAUCAGUACACCCUAACCCCUAUACCCUACCCCCUACAACACAUAAUCAGUAGACCCUAACCCCUAUACCCUACCACCCACACCCUACAACACAUAAUCAGUACACCCUAACCCCUACACCCUAACCCCUACAACACAUAAUCAGUAGACCCUAACCCCUACACCCUAACUCCUACACCCUAACCCCUACACCCUACUACCUACACCCUACACCCUAA